GGGAGGCAGCGGCCAAUGCUGCAGCAUUUGCAGCGUGUCUGCCAAUUUUGGUCGCACAAGCUGAUCGAUAUUGUAAUUAAAUUGAAUCAACUAGCUAGCUAUAAGCUAACUGUAGCUUAUAAUAAUAUUUUGGUCAAAGGCUUUUCUCCUCGUUGUAUACGUGGAUCCCCACACUUUCAGUUGGCUAAAAGGCUCCAGAAGCGAUUGGCGUCCAGCGUCUUGCGCUGUGGCAAGAAGAAGGUGUGGCUGGAUCCAAAUGAGACCAAUGAGAUUGCCAACGCAAAUUCUCGCCAGCAGAUCCGAAAACUGGUGAAGGAUGGACUGAUCAUCAGAAAGCCUGUGACGGUUCAUUCCCGUGCUCGCUGCCGCAAGAACACGCUGGCACGCCGCAAGGGACGUCACAUGGGCUAUGGUAAGAGAAAGGGAACAGCCAAUGCUCGUAUGCCUGAGAAGUUGUCAUGGAUGCGGCGCAUGAGAAUCCUGCGUCGUCUUCUUCGUCGCUACAGGGAGUCCAAGAAAAUUGACAGGCACAUGUACCACAGUCUCUAUCUGAGGGCCAAGGGUAAUGUCUUCAAAAACAAGCGCAUCCUGAUGGAGCACAUCCACAAGCUGAAGGCAGAUAAGGCUCGCAAGAAGCUCCUCGCUGACCAGGCAGAGGCUCGCCGCUCCAAGACCAAGGAGGCCCGCAAGCGCAGAGAAGAACGUCUCCUGGCAAAGAAAGAAGAGAUGAUCAAGAACUUGUCAAAGGAGGAAGAAACUGCAAAGAAGUGAAUCUAAACGGAAAGUUUUUCUUGUCAGAUUCCAGUUUUUCUUGCUAAUAAAUUUGGAUAAAAUUAAAA